CAGGUGAUGCAGGACAAAAUCAUCUGCCUUCCCCAGAGAAUGUCCAUGCCGAACCAAACAAUACUCUUACCAAAUAAAACCGAGCUGGUCUCACCCGUUGUGUCACAGGAUGUGCAUGAGAUGAUGGGCCUGAAAACCAACCUGGACCUCCAGCAGUACAGCUUCAUCAACCAGAUGUGCUACGAGAAGGCUCUGCACUGGUACGCCAAGUACUUCCCUUACCUGGUCCUUAUUCACACCCUGAUCUUCAUGGUGUGUAGCAACUUCUGGUUCAAGUUCCCAGGCUCUAGCUCUAAGAUAGAGCAUUUCAUCUCCAUCUUGGGAAAGUGCUUUGACUCCCCCUGGACUACCAGAGCUCUGUCUGAGGUGUCUGGAGAGAACCCAGAGGAGAAGGUAUUGUUUGAAUAUGUGUGUGUACAUGCCUAAAAUAAUUUUUAUUCCAGGACUAGGCUCAAUCUGUGUCAGAGAAACCGGACAUGUACUGUAUAUAUUUUAAAUAUGUCAAAUAAAGUGCAUUAAUUCAUUGAAGGACAAGAAGAGCAGUGCCAGCAGAGCGAUCCUCAACUUGUCUGUAGAGGGGAAGCUGGACAACCUGGAGAAGACCCAGUCCCUCAAAUCCAUCCCAGAGAAGAUCGUAGUGGACAAGCCCACAGCCAGCGCCCUGGAAAAGAAGGAAGGAGAGCAAGCCAAAGCUCUGUUUGAGAAGGUGAAGAAGUUUCGCCUGCACGUCGAGGAGGGGGACAUCCUCUAUAUUAUGUAUGUUCGCCAGACUGUUCUCAAAGUGAUGAAGUUCCUCCUCAUCAUCGCGUAUAACAGUGCGUUAGUCUCUGAGGUACAGAUCACAGUGAAGUGCAGUGUGGACAUACAGGACAUGACGGGAUAUAAGCAUUUCUCCUGUAAUCACACCAUGGCCCACCUGUUCUCCAAGCUGUCAUACUGUUACCUAUGCUUCGUGGCUGUGUAUGGAUUCACCUGCCUCUACACUUCCUACUGGCUCUUCUACCGCUCGCUGAAGGAGUACUCCUUUGAAUACGUACGGCAGGAAACGGGAAUCGAUGACAUCCCAGACGUGAAGAAUGACUUUGCCUUCAUGCUGCAUAUGAUCGACCAGUAUGACCCACUGUACUCCAAGAGGUGCGUUGUCUUUUUAAUUGUACAAGUAAUUUAGCUCUUCAUUGCUAUUGAUAAGUAUGCAAUGCCUCCAAUUGUAAAAGUUUCCUUUGCCCAUCCAUGGACAAUAAAGUCAUCUUUGUCUUCAUCUUCUUCUCUCUUUCGCUCUCCCUCUCAGAUUCGCAGUGUUCCUGUCGGAGGUCAGUGAAAACAAACUAAAACAGCUGAACCUGAACCAUGAGUGGACGCCAGAGAAGCUGCGUCAGAGACUGCUGACCAACCACAACAACAGACUGGAGCUGCAGCUCUUCAUGCUGUCUGGGCUUCCGGACACCAUCUUCGAGGUGACAGAGCUCCAGUCCCUAAAGCUAGAGAUCAUCAACAACGUAACCAUCCCAGCCUCCAUCGCCCAGCUUGAAGACCUUCAGGAGCUUUCUCUGUAUCAGUGUUAUUUAAAGAUCCACGCCACAGCCACCUCCUUCCUCAAGGAGAACCUCAAGGUAUGCUAUUCUACCGUAUGCUAUUUUCGUAGUCUUUUGGUAUGGCAUGUUUUUAGUUUUUUUUAUGGCUGCUGGCGCUGUAUUCUGUUUUUGUCUCGUACAAUAUGUGUAUUUUGUCUGUAUUUGUUAUUGACAUGACAUUUCCCCUCAGGGAUUAAUAGGUGAGGAGUAUUUCUGUCUGUAAUUAAGCCCUUUUGUGGGGAGAAACUCAUUCUUUGGCUGCCCAGUCAUGUGAAAUCCAUAAAUUAGGGCCUAAUUAAUUUAUUUCAAUUGACUGAAAUUCCUUCUAUGAACUGUAACUCAGUAAAAUCUUUGAAGUUGUUGCAUGUUGCGUUUUAUAUUUUUGUAUAUCUAUCUAUCUAAGGUGCUCAGGGUGAAGUUCGACGAUAGCAGGGAGCUGCCUCAUUGGCUGUACCAUCUGCGGAAUCUAGAGGAGCUCUACCUCAUUGGCUCACUGAGUCCUGACGCUUCUAAAAAUGUGGUUCUGGAGUCCCUGAGGGAGCUGAAGAAUCUGAAGACCCUAUCGCUCAAAAGUAACUUUACAAAGAUCCCCCAGUCCGUCGUGGACGUGUCCAGCCACCUGCAGAGGCUGUACGUCUACAACGACGGCACUAAGCUGGUGAUGCUCAACAAUUUGAAGAAGAUGGUGAACCUGACUGAACUGGAGCUGGUGCACUGUGACCUGGAACGCAUCCCACAUGCUGUCUUCAGCCUCACGAACCUACAGGUAUGAUAUGCUGUACUUUGACUGUCUGCUACCUGAGUGGUCCACAAUGGGGUUUUUAAAUGUGUAAUGAGUUAUUCCUUUCAGCUCCUAGUGGCGCAAAUGGCUUCAAUGGUGCAUCUCCAGUUAACUCUGUUCUGGGUGGUUUUCUUGACCUCAAAUAUGCUAAAUGUAUUGCCAAUUGCUGUAAUAUUGUGGAGUGACACUUAAAAUAAAAUGUUCUAACUCUACAGGAGUUGGACCUGAAAGAAAACAACCUGCACUCCAUCGAGGAGAUAGUCAGCUGCCAGCACCUCCGCAAACUGACGUGCCUGAAACUCUGGCACAACAGUAUCUGCUACAUCCCAGAACACAUCAAGAAGCUGGGCAGCCUAGAGCGCCUCUACUUUAGCCACAACAAGAUUGAGAUCUUGCCCUCGCACCUGUUCUUAUGCAACAAGCUUCGUUACCUGGACCUGUCCAACAACGACAUCCGGUUCAUUCCGCCGGAGAUCGGCGUCCUACAGAGUCUUCAGUACUUCUCUGUCACAUGCAACAAGAUCGAGAACCUCCCAGACGAGCUGUUCUUUUGCAAGAAGCUCACAACCCUCAAGCUGGGCAAGAAUACGCUGUCGUUGCUCUCACCAAAGAUCUCAUACCUGGUUCUAUUGACACACCUAGAACUGAAGGGCAACCAUUUUGAGCUCCUGCCUCCAGAGCUUGGGUUCUGCCGGGCAUUGAAGCGCAGCGGCCUAAUUGUGGAGGAUGCCCUGUUUGAAACCUUGCCUUCGGAAAUCAGAGACAAAAUGAAGGCUGAGUGA